CCCGAAUGUUCGCAAAUAAAAUAUAUUUACAUAAACACAAUUCAUAUUUACACGUACAUAGUAUUACUAUUAUAUAAAGCAAAUUAAGCCACCAAAAGCCAUAAAAUUCUCUUUCUCACUCUCUCACUCUCUUUCUCUCUUCCUUCAUAUAUGCUUUAAGUUUGAGCGACGUUUCUUCUCAAAGAUGGGUUUCUCCGACGCUGGAAUUUACCUCUCCGACCCAAACAAUCUCUGCCAAACCGAACUAGGUUUCUUUCAUGAACCAUCUCUAGGGUUUUCAGACCAGAGCGAUCCACAAAACGAGUUCCACAUCACUCCUCCUAUAUAUCAAGAAUUACAAGAUCAGGAUCUUGAACCUAAAUCCCAAGAGACGAAUAAUUGCUCACGCAAAGAAGGAGCAACCGUCAAGAAAGAAGAAGAAGAAGAAGACGAUUAUUGUAAAACUCCGACUCGUUCAGACCAGAUUCUCUCGGCGAUGCCAAGAAUUUGUCCACCGGCGCCUAGGAAACCUAAAAGAGUCCCGUCGAGAAGCCUUAAGGUUAGAAAUUCAUAUAGAAGCAAGAGAAUGAUCAUUCUAAAUGUUUCUAGAGAGAUUGAUUGUUUGUUUAAUCCAACAUCACUAUGUAACAAAAUUAAGAAAGCCAGAUACAUCUAAUGUUUUGUACGUACUGUAUUUGUAUAACGUAGCAACCUAAUAACCAAAUUGUAAUACACUACGACUUUACAUAAUGUAGUGAGAAACUAUCUAUUUCACUUUUAUUUAUUUUAACUUUUUCAUAUAUAUUUUUAAUAAGCUUUGCUAGUAUGUUUUUUGUUGACAAGUGCAAGGCUAUUUGAUUUUGGGUAAUAGUAUCCUACGCUUUUUGCAUGCUUUUGCUUUUCUCUUGGAUUUAACAUAUCUUGUACAUUGGAAAUAAUCGGGAUGUAUGCUCGACGAUUAAUAGAAUUUUG